AUGAACGGAGUCGAAGGUAUCCCUCGCGGUGCGCCGGCUUCUCCUCUGUUUGCCGUGCAAGAGACGCCUUCUGCUGGCCGGGCCGUAUUCGCAACCUCAGACAUUGCGAGGGGCACACCAUUGUGGAUAGCAGACACCCCCAGUGCCAACAUCAUCCUGCGCGAGUACCGCAGAGAACUGUGUGCCCAGUGCCUCACGUACAAUCGUGGCCGCGAAUGGAAGAUUCGUGACAACUCCGUAGGCUUCGCCUUCUGUUCCAUCUCUUGCCAGCAGGAGUGGAUGGACGCAUUAGGCGAAGAAGGCGUUCAGGCCUGGAGAGCGGUGGAAAAACUCAACAAAGGUUGCUCGAGAGAAAGGGAGAUGGUAGACGCUAUCUCAGCAAUUCCUACUGAGGACGAUAUCAAAGAUGCUUGGAGCGCCGCAUCCACAGUGACCCCCCUUAUCCUUGCUGCACGAACAAGUAAUCCUCCACCAAACAAACCAACGCGACGGGCAUUAGCCUCCGCCCUACAAGCCGUAGCUGUCCCGGACGUCCUCUCGAUGCUCCUCUCCGGAAUCCUCGCACGGGCACGUGAUGCUCACACGUGGGCUUCCGUCCUCGCGCUUUGGCCCAACAGCCGGCCAUACAAGUCAGCAGACGACCUCAAAGAGCAUGUAGGCUCUUAUCUUCAGCUCGUGGCCGUCCUUCCACCGUCUCUGCUCCCAUUCGCAACACCAGAGACGUGCUAUAUGCUUGCUACACGUGACAGCAUGAACAGUUUCGGCAUACGGUCUCUGGACGACGAGGGCGCGGAGUUUUUCGGCUACGGGGUGUGGGCUAGCGCUAGCUACUUCAACCACAGCUGCUCACCGAAUGUGGAUAAGAAGAGGGUGGGGCGGGCGUGGCAUUUCACGGCGGGCAGGGAGGUCCGGAAAGGCGAGGAGCUGUGCAUCACGUAUCUGAGCGGGGAGGAAAGAGCACUGAACACGGCUGCACGGAGAAAACUACUGACGAAUUCAUGGGGGUUCGAUGGCAGGGACGACACCAUUGCUGGAGCCAAGAUCCAACCUCUGGACUCUCCGACAAAGUCCAACGUCGGGCACGACCUGGCGGACCGUGGUGCGGCUGGCACGAACCAUAACAUCGACCGGGCGCGCAUCGAUCCCUUGGGCGGGCACGGCCAGUACCAGCACCCAGCCCCCCACGCCAACAGUCAGGGCGUCGUGGGCCGCGACGACGUCUUCGCAGGGGCCAAGGUCGCGCCGCUGGACGGCAAGCACGGCGAGACGAUUGCGAAGAGCCCCGGGCUGGACGACGAAGACGUCGAUAGCUCGAGGAUCAACCCGCUGGGCGAGGUGCGCGAGCAGAUGCAAUAA